AGGUCCCGGAGAACUCACGGAAAGCGUUCGUCAGAUCUACAGCGAGCACAACUACUGUCGCCUCCCCAGCUGAGCCCGGGGGCGGCUGCUCAGGAGGCCCACGCGAGUUCCCUCCUCUCCUCGGGGCGAGGCCCCUUGUCCUCACAGAGCGAGGGAGGUGGUGAUCUGGAGCGUGCUGCAGGGGAAGCUCAGCCUGCUGAUGGUUCGCCUAGGAGGCAGUUCUGUGAUGCCUUGAGUGGGUCAUCCUUGGGCGGUGCAACUUCUGAGAGGCAGGAGGGGAGCCCUGGGCAGCUCCUCCGUGACCCAAGGACCGAAACCCCGUCCUGUGGUGCCUCACAGGAGAGGCAGAGCACAAAGCUGAAGCUUGUGGUUCCUCCAGUAAACGGUCUGUCGUGUCCUCAGGUGCAGGGAGCUGUGAUGGGUCCUGUGGGAGACAGGGUUGUGUCAGAACUCAAAGGUGUCGGUGCUCCCAUCGUACAGCUGGAUUAUCCUUGUGACCUAAAGGAAAAGUCCUCCAGCUGUCCUGCUCUUCUGCCAGAGCUGUCACCAAGUGGUAAAGAAUACCACGAGCCUGAGAUAGUGUCUAGGAUUAGAUUUAAUGGCUCUGAAACGUUGGUGGAGAAAUGUGUGGCCGAUAGUGGUAAGUCCAGAGCAGUGACUCCUGGCGUGGGGCAGGCGGUCCCUGCGCUGAGCAGCUUUGCAGAGGGGCAGGUGGAGGAGGAGAGUGGUGGCAAACUGCACCCUGAGGAGCAGGACACGGAGUCCCUGGCGAAACCCCCCUUCCACAAUGACUUUAUUUCUCAGAACAGGAUAGAUACCUCUGAAAAACUUCUGCACCUGGGGGAGAGGUGCCCCGGAGCAGAGGCAGAAAAUGCACAUCAGCCACCGAGGGAGACGCCAGAGCUGAAGACCAAGGGAGAGGAUGAAGUGCAGAGUACACACAGCGAGACGGACACCGCCUCCGACUGUGAGGCUGACGUAGCCGAUGGGAACACGGAGAUGGAUGAAGGCUUGAGGAGCAUCAGCUGCAGGGAGGUGGCUGGGAGAGACUCCUGUCAGAGCAGCACGGAGAGGUGUGACAGGAUGAGACCACCAUGCUCUGUGGAACCGGACGGCCUGGCCUGUGCUGUGGGCUGCCCCUCAGCAGUGGGUGCCAUGCCUGCGGCUCAGCGCUGGGCACCACACACGGCCUUGCCCCAGAGAGCCGAGCAGCCAACGGGUCCUGCCCAGCCCGUGGCCUCUGCAGAGACCAACAGCCCCCUGGUGAUGCAGCUGCUUAAGGGGAACCUUCCACUGGAGGAAGUUCUCCCAGCGUCUCACGCCAGCAUCAAGGUGGAAGUCACGGAGCCAGCGCUGGACAAGCAGUCAGGAGGCCUCUGAAGUUGCUAUCUGGGCAAAGAUUCUUCUCCAGACAUAGGAAUAAAGACGAGUGGCCUGAGCAGGAGCGACGAGUUCCACUCGGUGAGAUCUGCCCUAGAUCCCCAGGAGGAGUGUGGGGCAGGGGCAGCGUUCCCCAGAGCAGAGGAUGCACAGGAUCGGUCUGUUCCAGAAAAACAUUCCAAAGUUGGCUCGGCUUUAAGCUGCCAAGAUCAACUGGCAAGCGUGGCAAGUGCCUCUCGGAAGCCUGAAGAUCUGGGCCCUACAGAAAGAACAUUUUCUUCCUGUAGCUUUGGGGAGCAAAAGGAGUUGUCCAAGGUCCAUCGGGUGCCAGAGCACAGCCCGUCACCGAGCGUCAUCACAAAUAAAAGCCCGGGGCAGCUGAAGGUCCCUGCAGGGCCCCAGUUCCUGCCUCCAGCUGUACCUUCUCUCAGCCCGAACCAAACAGGAGGUGCAUCCAUCAAUAAACACUAUGUUGGAGUUCAAGGGAAAAAACUUUUUGGUUCUGGUUUUCCUUGCAACCCCGGCGUUCCC